AUGUUUGAUGACGACUCCCAGAUCGUCAUCAACAGUUACAAAGAGCUUAUUCGUGUUCAAGACCAAGAUCUCCGCACAAUCAAGCUGGCUACUAGUAAUAACCAAGGCGCUGGCAUUGAAUUGGUCGAGGAAUAUGAAUCGAUGACGAAGAAGCUCGAAGCCUCUGGAAAGCAAAUCCAAAAUCUCGAGCAAGAAGUGUACGAUUGGAAGCAACGCUUCUCUUCAAAGGAGGAAGCCUUGCGAGAGAAGGAGCAAUCCUAUGAGCAGCUGGAAUACACAUCUCAAAUGGAGAAGGAAGCGUUUGAAAAGGAGAAGGAAACGUUGAAUGGGCAGAUUGAGCAGCUCGGCAAGGAGAAGGAAGAGCUCGAGGAGAUCGCAGAGCAAAACCGAGAUACUCACGAACAGGAAAUGAGUGCGAUGAUGGUGUCUUUGGAGAAGAAGGAGAACCAAAUCCGAACAUUAGACAGCACUAUCACCAGCUACGAAAACGUGAUCCAAGAACUGCGCCAGGAAUUGCAACGAAGUUCUCGCUUCUAUAAAACCGAACACAACACGCAAUACGCGAGUCUUGAGCAGCAGACAGCGAAAGCAAAGCAGGAAUUGAGUGCUUGCCAAUCUUCUUUGCAGCAGAGCGAAAAGAAAUUCAGCCAACUCGUUGUGGACUACCGUGCAGUGGAGGACGAAUUGGAAGAGACGAAGAAAACGUUAUUUGAGUUAUCGUCUCAGAGAGAUAAUUCUGCAACUGUCAAAGAGUUGCAAGCGGAAAACCAGAGACUGCUUGCGGAGCUCGAGCGUGCGAAGCAGUCUCGCGUAUUGGUUGAUGGGGAAUAA